CAAAGUUAACAACCGUCAAUAUUUGUUAGUCAAUCACAAAGAAAGAAUGGCUACAAGUACUGCUGCUCCUUACUUGGCACUUUUGUCUGAAAAAGACUUGAGCUUGAAAAGUUUUGCCUUGAAAUCAAUCAAUGAUGUCGUUGAUGAAUUAUGGUCAGAAAUUGCAAACAAUAUCUUGGAAAUUGAAGAAUUAUAUGAAGAUGAAUCUUUCAAAGAAAGAAAAUUAGCAGCAUUGAUUGCUUCUAAAGUUUAUUACAAUUUAGCUGAUUACGAUUCCUCUGUUAAAUUUGCCUUGGUUGCAGAUGAUGCUUUUGAUAUUAAUGAACAUUCAGGUUAUGUUGAAACUAUCAUCUCAAAGGCAAUCGAUCGUUAUAUCAAAUUAUCUCAACAAAAAUAUGAAGAUCAAUAUUCACAAGUGGAAAUUCCUCAACAAUUGACAAAUAUUUUCGAAAGAAUGUUGCAAAAAGCUAUAAAGGAAAAUGACCUAAGAUUAGUUAUUGGUAUUGCUCUUGAUAGUUAUAGAUUGGACAUUGUCGAGAAAAUUAUCAAGGAUCAAUUGGAAAAUGAAACUGAAGAAAAUGUUUUAAAUUUGAUUAAUUACUCUUUAAACAUUGCCACUUCAAUUGUUGCCAAUACUGAAUUUAGAUCAAAGAUUUUGAAUUCAUUAGUUUCAAUUAUAAUAAACUUGAAAAAUCCAGAUUUCUUCACUGUUUCUAAGAUUAUAGUGAACUUGAAUGAUCAUAAUCUUGCAUUACAUUUAUUCACCAAUUUAUUGAAAUCAGAUGAUACAAACAAUAGAUUAAUUGCAUACCAAGUUGCUUUUGAUUUAGUCAAUUCAGCUUCUCAAGAACUAUUAGAUAAAACCAUUGCCAAUUUAGAAUCCUCCAAUUCUUCAUCUUCAUCACCUUCACCAGCCACUUCUAAAAUUAUCAAGAUCUUGUCAGGUGUUCCAACUUGUGAUUUUGAUAUUACAUUUUUACACAAGAAUAACAAUACUGAUAUACAAAUCUUGGAUAAAUCAAAAGAAGCACUAGAUGGUAGAAACUCUAUUUUCCAUUCAGCAAUUACUUUUGAGAAUGCAUUCUUACAUGCUGGUACCACUGAUGAUUCAUUUUUCAGAUCAAACUUGGAAUGGUUAGGUAAAGCUACAAAUUGGUCAAAAUUCUCUGCAACAGCAGCCUUAGGUGUUAUUCAUAAAGGUAAUUUAUCUCAAGGUAGAAAAAUUUUACAACCUUAUUUACCAGGUAGUUCAGGAUCUCAUUAUACAAAAGGUGGUUCUUUAUAUGCUCUUGGUUUGAUCUUUGCUGGUCAUGGUAGAGAAACCAUUGAGUACUUGAGACAUCAUGUUGUUGAAAAUGGUUUAAGUGCUGGUACUGAUGAAGUUGAUGUUGUCCUACACGGUGCUGCAUUAGGUACAGGUGUUGCAGGUAUGGGUUCUGGUAAUGAAGAAAUUUACGAAGAAUUGAAAGUUGUUUUGUUUUCAGAUAGUGCAAUCUCAGGUGAAGCUGCUGCAUUAGGGAUGGGUUUAAUAAUGUUGGGUUCAGGUGAUGAAGAUGCUGAAAAUGACAUGUAUGCUUAUGCUCAAGAAACUCAACAUGAAAAUAUUAUUCGUGGAUUAUCCUUAGGAAUAGCCUUAUUAAAUUAUGGUAGAGAAGAACAAGCUGAAUUGAUAAUUUUAACUUUAUUAGACCAUCAAAAUCCAAUAUUACGUCUUGGUGGUGCUUAUACUAUUGCCUUAGCCUAUGCUGGUACUGGUAACAACAAGGCCAUUCAGCAAUUAUUACAUAUUGCAGUUUCAGAUUCAAAUGAUAAUGUUAGAAGAACUGCAGUUAUUGCAUUAGGUUUUGUUUUGAUUCGUGAUUAUCAAACAGUUCCAAGACUUGUUGAAUUAUUAUCAGAAUCUCAUAAUCCACAUGUUCGUUAUGGUACUGCUAUGGCUUUAGGUAUAUCAUGUGCCGGUCGUGGAUUACAACAAGCUGUUGAUGUUUUAAUGCCAUUAACUAAAGAUUCAGUUGAUUUUGUUCGUCAAGGUGCCUUGAUUGCCCUAUCAAUGGUUUUAAUUCAACAAAAUGAAAAAUCAUAUCCAAAAGUUACCGAAGUUAGAGAACUUUAUGCCUCGAUUAUUGGUAAUAAAAACCAAGAUGCUUUAACUAAAUUUGGUGCAGCUUUAGGUCAAGGUAUAAUAGAUGCAGGUGGUCGUAAUGUUACAAUUCAAGUGGAAAACGGUUCAACUGGUACUUUAAACACUAAAGCCAUUGUUGGGUUAGCUAUUUUCACACAAUUUUGGUAUUGGUUCCCAUUGACACAUUUCCUAAGUUUGGCAUUUACUCCAACUUCAAUUAUUGGUGUUCGUGAAGAUUUGAAAAUUCCAAAAUUUGACAUAAAUUGUCAUUCAAAACCUUCAUUCUUUGAUUAUCCACCAAAAGUUAAAGAAGAUACACAACAAGUUUAUGAAAAAGUUGAAUCUGCAAUUUUAUCAACAACUGCAAAGGCAAAAGCUAGAGCUAAAAAAUCUCAAAAGGCUCAAAAAGAGGACGAAAUGGAGAUUGAUGAAAAAACUGAAUCAAAGAAAGAAUCUAAAAAAGUUGAUGAUAAAGAAAAAGUUGAAAGAUCUGAAAAAGCUGAAGAACCAAACACUGCAACUUCAACAUUGACAGGAGGUGAAGGUGUUGAAGAAGCUUCAAGUGCAAUCAAAUACUCAAAGACUCCAUACAAAUUAGAAAAUGUUAGCAGAGUGUUACCAAACCAAUUGAAAUAUAUUUCAUUCAAUAAAGAUGAAAGAUUUGUUCCAGUUAGAAAAUUCAGAAGUAAUGGAGGUGUUGUUGUUUUAAUUGAUAAAAAACCUGAAGAACCAAUACAGUCAAUCAAAACAGUUAGACAAUUGAAUAAUAAAGAUGCUCCAUUACCAAAGCCUUUCCAUCUAGAGAAUGCUGAAGGUGAUGAAUAGAACUUGCUAAACCAUGAGAAACCCUAUUGUAU